AUACAGCCGUGUGCGCUGUACAGGCAGACAGAGCCGCACACUUCCUGGAGCUCCAAGAAGCCGCUUUAUGCUGCGGGGAGCAGAAAACAAAAACAACAAUGGAGGAGAUGAAUUAAAGUUCGUGAGGCGUGUGGAAGGGGAUGGAAGAAAGGACGUGUGGCACAGGUUUAAGAAAGAAAAAAAUAAAACGCCAAUGUCGGCGAGCCUGUGUUCAAUCCGCAGUACAGCUAAAAGCAAAGCUAAGCGGCCUAGCUAACUAGCUAACUCUACAGCACGCAAUAACGCUGUCUUUAUACGUGUUUAUUUUAAUUUAUGGUUCCAGCGCAGACUAAAAAGUCCACCGGUUGCCCUUCCAAGCAACUUAUUUCGGAUAAAUAUCGUUAAGGUCUCCUGUCACGUCUUUCGCACUUUCCAGAGAGGAGCUCGCGCACUAGCCAGCCCGGUACUGCUAUGCUAGCUUGUUAGCUAGCUAACUUUCCUGAAGUUGCUGCAAAAAUCCCUCAGUGUGUGUGUAUGUGUGUGUGUGUGUGUGUGUGAUGCACGGCCUGGCAGUACAAGACACAGGACACACACUGACUUCUCACACGCCAGACGUCCUUUCUUCCACCUGCUGAAUGUUUUGGAAAUCGCUUUUAUUUACACACGCGUCGUAAUUUUUAAUGUUUGGUGUUAGCUAGCUAGCAGGCUAGCGAUGUCUGUCCCGUCCGCAGAAAUGCUCGAGACGCCUCCUGGAUAUCCUUUCGAAGAGAUUAAUUAUGCAGACAUUGAAGUCGAAGAGGUGGUGGGCAGAGGAGCUUUUGGAGUCGUGUGCAAGGCCAAAUGGAAAGGCAAAGACGUGGCCAUUAAGACAAUAGAGAGUGAAUCGGAAAGGAAUGCGUUUUCUGUAGAGCUUCGCCAGUUGUCUCGCGUGAAUCACCCCAACAUCGUGAAGCUGUACGGCUCCUGUCAAAGUCCUGUAAGUCCUGUGUGUCUGGUAAUGGAAUAUGCAGAAGGGGGAUCUCUGUACAAUGUGCUGCACGGAGCCGAGCCGCUACCCCACUACACCGCGUCCCACGCCAUGAGCUGGUGUAUGCAGUGCGCUCAGGGCGUCUCGUAUCUCCACGGCAUGAAACCAAAGGCGCUCAUUCACAGGGACCUCAAGCCUCCCAAUCUGCUGCUGAUCGCCGGAGGAACCGUCCUCAAGAUCUGUGACUUCGGGACGGCGUGUGACAUCCAGACGCACAUGACCAACAACAAAGGCAGCGCGGCCUGGAUGGCUCCCGAGGUGUUCGAAGGCAGUAACUACAGCGAGAAGUGCGACGUGUUCAGCUGGGGCAUCAUUCUAUGGGAGGUGAUCACACGCAGGAAGCCUUUCGAUGAGAUCGGAGGACCAGCCUUCCGGAUCAUGUGGGCGGUGCAUCGUGGAACUCGUCCUCCUCUCAUUAAGAAUCUGCCCAAGCCCAUAGAGAUUCUGAUGACACGCUGUUGGUCCAAAGAUCCCUCACAGCGGCCUUCGAUGGAGGAGAUAGUCAAAAUCAUGACCCACCUGAUGAAGUAUUUCCCUGGAUCAGAAGAGCCUCUGCAGUACCCAUAUCAAUAUUCAGAUGAAGGCCAGAGUAAUUCUGCCACCAGCACAGGCUCGUACCCCAGCAUGAGCAACAAGAACGACGGCAGCAUGGAUCACGGCACGCCGGCCGGCACCAACGACACCAUCAAGACCAUCGAGAAAUUUGCACCUUUCAAACCAAAGGCUGAUCCACUGAGGCCUGGGCUUCCUCUGUCAAGAGGGGGCAGCGUUGAGAGUCUGUCAGGAAGAACACACUGCCUGCCUUCAUCCGACAGCAAACGAAUGAGCGCCGACCUCUCAGAGCUCAGACAAGAUGACAAGAUGCCCUUCUCUUCAGCGAGGCCGCAGUAUAAACGAGGCCACCGCAAAACAGCGUCACACGGCACCAUUCUGGACAUUCCAGAGAUCGUCGUCACAGGCACCUGUGACCUUAGGCGGAGGUCAGUACAGGAUAUCCCCGGCUCCUUCCCAGGAGAGACCGGACAGGACAGCCGGAACAGCAGCAGGUCGUCUAGUCCCAGCAUAAGGAUCACACCCGACAAGAACAGAUGCUACAACUUCUCUCCCGAUGACCCUACAGACACUAACGGCUCUGAUAACUCCAUCCCCAUGGCUUAUCUGACACUGGAUCACCAGUUACAGCCACUCGCUCCAUGUCCGAACUCCAAGGAGUCGAUGGCGGUGUUCGAGCAGCACUGUAAGAUGGCGCAGGAGUACCUGAAAGUGCAGACGGAGAUCGCUCUGCUCAUCCAAAGGAAGAAUGAGCUGAUAGCCGAGCUCGAUCAGGACGAGAAAGACCAGCAGAACACGUCUCGCCUGGUGCAGGAGCACAAGAAGCUUCUAGAAGAGAACAAGAGCUUGUCCACGUAUUUCCAGCAGUGCAAGAAGCAGCUGGAGCUCAUCCGUGCACAGCAACAGAAAAGACAGGGCACGUCAUGAUGCCCUUUUCUCCCCGAGAAAACAAAAACGAAUGCCCCACACACACACACACACACACACACACAGACUGGCUCACUUGCACCACGUUUUCCUUUUGGGUUGUUUUUGUUUUGUUUUGUUUUGUUUUGUUUUUUUAAAGCCCCAGUUAAUCCUGAUCUCCUCUUGUAGCAGCCUGUAUCUGGACACCAUGGCCUGACGUGGCUAAGACUGUGACCGUGCACGAGCAUGUUGCCUCCACCACAGGAUCUAGAGCAUUGGAAAUGCCAGCUAAAAGUUCUCUUUUAUUGAAAAAUAGAUAAAAAAAAAAAAAAAACAAAA